GUUCUUUAAACAAUUUGGAACAAAAGAAAAAGGUUUUCAUUCGAUGAGAAAUACUCAUUCUCUGUUUUCGUUAUCUCUGUUCUUAAUUUCAUCAUCUUUCUCUGUUGCUUUGGAUUAUAGUGUCAUAACUCCAAGAGAAUUCCUUAAGGAUGGAGAUACUCUUAGUUCUCCAGACCAGGUUUUCCAACUUGGGUUCUUUAGUCUUGACCAAGAAGAGCAGCCUCAACAUCGGUUUCUUGGCUUGUGGUACAAGGAACCAUUUGCAGUCGUUUGGGUGGCUAACCGAAACAAUCCUCUCUACGGCACAUCUGGAUUCUUAAACUUGAGUUCUCUUGGCGAUCUUCAGCUAUUCGACGGUGAACACAAAGCCUUGUGGUCAUCAUCAUCAUCAACAACAAAAGCUUCUAAAACAGCAAAUAACCCCCUCUUGAAGAUAUCUUGUUCAGGGAAUCUCAUAUCUAGUGAUGGAAAAGAAGCUGUGUUGUGGCAGAGUUUUGAUUAUCCCAUGAAUACAAUACUCGCGGGUAUGAAGCUUGGAAAGAAUUUCAAGACACAAAAGGAAUGGUCUCUAUCGUCUUGGAAAACCCUAAAAGAUCCAUCCCCGGGUGAUUUCACGUUGUCUCUAGACACUCGAGGUUUACCACAAUUGAUCUUGAGGAAGAAUGGAGAUUCUAGUUAUUCCUAUCGCUUAGGAUCUUGGAACGGCCUAUCCUUCACCGGAGCUCCAGCUAUGGGACGAGAGAAUAGCUUAUUCGACUACAAAUUCACGUCGAGUGACCAAGAAGUAAACUACUCGUGGACUCCUCGACACAGAAUUGUCUCAAGACUGGUCUUAAACAACACAGGGAAACUCCAUAGGUUUAUCCAGUCGAAUCAACACCAAUGGAUCUUAGCAAACACUGCACCAGAAGAUGAGUGUGACUACUACUCUAUAUGUGGAGCUUACGCAGUUUGUGGGAUUAAUAGCAAAAACACACCUUCUUGUUCAUGUUUACAAGGAUUCAAGCCAAAAUCAGGUCGAAAGUGGAAUAUUUCAAGAGGAGCAUACGGGUGUGUCCAUGAGAUUCCAACCAACUGCGGAAAGAAAGAUGCAUUUGUGAAGUUCCCAGGUAUGAAACUACCAGAUACUUCAUGGUCUUGGUAUGAUGCAAAAAAUGAAAUGACACUUGAGGAGUGUAAGAUCAAGUGUUCAAGUAACUGCUCUUGCACGGCUUAUGCGAAUACCGAUAUUCGCGAGGGAGGAAAAGGUUGUUUGCUUUGGUUUGGUGACUUGGUUGAUAUGAGAGAGUAUUCUACCUUUGGACAAGAUGUUUACAUAAGAAUGGGUAUUGCAAAAAUAGAGUUUAAAGGAAGACAAGUGGUGGGAAUGGUCGUUGGAUCAGUGGUGGCCAUUGCAGUUGUUUUGGUUGCAGUGUUUGCAUGUUGCAGAAAGAAGAUAAUGAAGAGAUACCGAGGUGAAAAUUUCAGAAAAGGGAUUGGGGAAGAGGACUUGGAUUUGCCUAUUCUUGACAGAAAAACGAUUUCCAUAGCCACUGAUGAUUUUUCAUAUAUAAACUUCCUUGGAAGAGGAGGGUUUGGACCAGUUUAUAAGGGUAAGUUAGAAGAUGGACAAGAGAUUGCGGUCAAGAGGUUAUGCGCGAACUCAGGACAAGGAGUGGAAGAAUUCAAGAACGAAGUAAAACUAAUCGCAAAACUUCAACAUCGUAACCUCGUGAGGCUUUUAGGAUGUUGUAUUCAAGGUGAAGAAUAUGAAAGGAGAAGUAAAGAAUUGGAUUGGAAGAAGAGAAUGAACAUUAUCAAUGGAAUUGCUCGUGGGCUUCUCUAUCUUCAUCAAGAUUCAAGAUUGAGGAUCAUACAUAGAGAUCUAAAAGCUGGAAAUGUUUUACUAGAUAAUGAUAUGAAUCCUAAGAUCUCAGAUUUUGGAUUGGCUAAAUCAUUUGGGGGAGAUCAGAGUGAAUCAAGCACAAACAGAGUCGUGGGUACUUAUGGUUAUAUGCCUCCGGAGUAUGCAAUUGAUGGACAUUUCUCUGUGAAAUCCGAUGUGUUCAGUUUCGGUGUAUUAGUACUUGAGAUCAUAACUGGCAAGACGAAUCGCGGGUUUCGUCAUGCAGAUCAUGAUCUUAAUCUUCUUGGACACGUGUGGACAAUGUGGGUUGAAAACAGAGAAAUAGAAAAACCAGAAGAUAGACCAACCAUGGCUUCUGUUGUCUUGAUGUUUGGAAGUGAUAGUUCUCUUCCUCACCCUAAACAACCUGGAUUUUUCACCAACCGGAACGUUCCAGAUAUCUCUUCAUCUUUAAGCUUACGUUCACAAAACGAAGUUUCCAUCACAAUGUUGCAGGGAAGGUAGAUAAAUGAAGAUUAUAUAUAAACUAUUUGGUUAAUG